AGGUUUGUUUAUGUUUGGGAUACAAACUCCAGAAGAAUUUUGUACAAACUACCAGGACAUGAUGGAUCAGUAAACGAUGUUGACUUUCACCCAAAUGAACUAAUUUGUGAGUAUAUUCAAGAAUUUAAUUUGUAAGCAAUUUAUAAAUUCACAAAAUUCUUGAAACUUGUAAUCCUUUUAUUCAUUAAAAGGAAGCUUACAAUCACUGUUUCGAAGAAUUACUAUUAACUGUGUGUUUUUUUGUUUACCUAUAGUGAUGUCUUGUGGAAGUGACAAGAAAAUUUAUCUAGGAGAGUUACAACCCUAA